AGGAACGUGUUGGCGCAAAAUCCGGUGGAAAUCGUUGCUGGUCACUGUUAACUCGGCAUUCACCACACACAGCAUCCAAUGUAAACCUCGGCUAUGGCUAUAACAGCCAGCAAAAUUGUUGUACUAUUAACAACAACAAUACGGUAACAAUAAAAUCACUGAAUCUUCCAAAGGAUGACACAACAUUGGUCUAUAGGCGAAAGUCCUCUGGUAGCACACCGCACUCAGUUGGUGGCAUUGGCAGUACUGGCAGUAGCAGCAGCACCAGUGGCGUUCACGCCACGGCUGGUUUAGCAAACAACGCAGCGAUACAACAACAUGCUCUUUACUCGACAACAGAUGCUGCAUCAUUUAUGCACACAUCCACAUCGGAUGAGUUCGAGUGUCAUGCUGAUGGCACAUUAAUGCUCAGAAUACCUGCUCCACAUGUUGUUGCAGCACGUGCUUAUCGUUUGGCAAGCAAAAAGCAUACUACAACUAGCACAACAGAUCAACAUUCACAUCAGCAUCAGCAUCAGCAUCAACAACGCACAUCUGCUGAUACGCAUCAAUCCACACAUGACACCAGCACUACCAGUGGUUCCAGCUCAGGUAGCAGUAGUACAGCGAAUACAGCUUUUACGCGCUUAGCAAAGCUACUACAUCAAACGAGCAGCGCAACCCUGAAGCCCACGGCAUCGUCGUCUCACACGCAUGUCGACAGUAUGCAUAUGAGCUUAGCGGUGGCGCCAUCAACUGGCGAGGAAGCUCCGCGUCGCUUAUCGUGGGAAAGAAUUCCAGUACGUGCCACAUAA